AUGCACAGCCCGACACUCAUACGCCACGUGCCUGCGCACUCUGUCUACAUGUACUUUGGCGACCCCAUGAAGCAUGAUCCUAACUUUCACUGCACUUGUAGGUUCCAACCACGCUCACAGCCUACGCUCAGACGGCGGAGAGCGCUAAUACAGCGCAUACUGCUGGUGGGCUCCAUCUUCUUCACCGUCCUGUUCUUCUUCUUCCCCGACCUGCGGCCGAAUCUGGGUCCCGGGCCCCUCAGCUUGCUCUCUUCGAAUGACGAUGCGCAACUCGAGACGGUGCGAUACUACGACCUGAACAAUGUGCAGGGUACAGCCAGGGGGUGGGAAAGGGAAGAGCGCAUCUUGCUCUGCGCUCCGUUGCGAGACGCAGCACCGCAUCUGCCCAUGUUCUUUGGCCAUCUUAAGAAUCUCACGUAUCCGCACAACCUCAUCGAUCUGGCCUUCCUCGUCGGAGAUUCAAAGGAUAACACCAUCUCGCUGUUGACGGAGAAGCUCAAGGAGCUGCAAGCCAACCCAGACCCAAAGCAGCAGUUUGGCGAAAUCUCCAUCAUGGAGAAGGAUUUUGGCCAAAAGGUCAACCAGGACGUUGAAAGUCGUCACGGUUUUGCCGCCCAGGCCGGUCGCCGCAAGUCAAUGGCGCAGGCACGUAACUGGCUGCUGAGCGCUGCCCUACGACCAACGCACAGCUGGGUAUACUGGAGGGAUGUAGACGUCGAGACGGCUCCAUUCACCAUUCUCGAGGAUCUGAUGAGGCACAACAAGGAUGUCAUUGUACCAAACGUCUGGCGACCACUUCCGGACUGGCUUGGAGGGGAACAGCCAUACGACUUGAAUUCCUGGCAAGAAUCCGAGACGGCCCUCGCUCUCGCCGACACUCUUGACGAGGAUGCCGUCAUUGUUGAGGGCUACGCCGAGUACGCAACAUGGCGCCCGCAUUUGGCCUACCUUCGCGAUCCCUACGGGGACCCAGACAUGGAGAUGGAAAUCGACGGUGUUGGCGGUGUCAGUAUCCUGGCCAAAGCCAAGGUCUUCCGUGCUGGUGUCCACUUCCCCGCCUUCAGUUUUGAGAAACACGCCGAGACGGAGGGUUUCGGCAAGAUGGCUAAGCGCAUGAAGUUCUCCGUCGUCGGUCUUCCUCACUACACCAUUUGGCAUCUUUACGAGCCCAGCGUUGACGAUAUCCGACACAUGAAGGAGAUGGAGGAGGACCGUAAGAAGAAGGAGGCCGAAGAGGAGGCGAAGAAGGCAAAAGAGAGCAAGAUCAAGGAGACGUUCGACGAGAAGAAGGGCGACUGGGAAAAGGAGAAGGCGGCGGUCCAGGACCUGGUACAGAAAGCAAAGAACGAAGAAAAGGCCGAGGCGGAGAAGAAGAAACAACAAGAGGCAGCGGCAAAGGAGCAUGGCAACCAGGAGCCAGUGAAGGAAGGGAAGCGAGCAGAAGAAAAGAAGGGAGAUUCGUAGAAUUCACACACGUCGAUAUGAGG